AAAUUGACCUUUCGGUUGAAGAACCCGUCGGUCACAUGUGAGUGUCGAUAAAUAUCUUUGUUUUAACGCGAAUACGUUUUAAAUAUCAUUAAAGAUAGUUUUUAUCAUUUCAACAGUAGUUAAAGCUCCAUAACACAGCACAAUGGGUGAUAUUGAAGAUACACACUUUGAGACCGGUGACUCCGGAGCCUCCGCCACCUUUCCUAUGCAGUGCUCCGCCCUGCGCAAGAACGGUUUCGUCAUGCUGAAGGGGCGCCCCUGCAAAAUUGUUGAGAUGUCCACAUCCAAAACUGGAAAGCAUGGCCACGCUAAGGUUCACUUGGUUGGAAUUGAUAUUUUCAACGGGAAGAAAUAUGAAGAUAUCUGCCCCUCCACCCACAACAUGGACGUGCCGCACGUUAAGCGUGAGGACUACCAGCUGACGGAUAUCUCUGACGACGGCUACCUCACCCUGAUGGCGGAUAACGGAGACCUGCGCGAGGACCUCAAGAUCCCCGACGGCGACCUCGGCACCCAGCUGCGUUCAGACUUUGACAGCGGCAAAGAACUGCUGUGCACCGUGCUCAAGUCUUGCGGCGAGGAGUGCGUCAUCGCAGUCAAGGCAAACACAGCUCUCGACAAAUAAACAAACUCAGCAUUUAUAGGGUUUUUAACAAUCGUACUACAAAUAUAAUUUUUUUACAAUCAAACAGCUCUUACAUAAAUGUAAAACAUAAUAUUAUAUGUAAUUUAACGGUAAAGAAAAAAAAAACGCGGUCGGGCGCGGCUCGAGGCUAAGCUUUCUUGAACUCAAGUACGAAUGCACCGGAUAGAAAACUGUUUAUGGAGCCUUCCAGAAACGUCUAUUAUAUUAUACGCCGAGGUCGUCGCAUUUAUCAGCCUAAUAUCGCCCUGUUGCCUUAAUAAACCCAUUGAGUAUAUUAAUACUGCACUGAUUUUAGAUUCCGUAGUUUGCAGUCGUUUCCUAAGGUUUACAUGUAUCGGGUAAGACUGUUAGCUGAGGCCGCGCCAUAUCCGCUCUAAUCUUCAUUGUUUGUCUUGUUUUGUUUGUUCUCUUUUCGCUUACGUCUACAUAACGUUAAAGUUAAGUUGCGCUGAAAUACCGACUGUUGGUAGAUCGAGAGAUCGGUGUGCGAGAGAUAGAGAGCGAUAGAGGUAAAUUCUGUGUGGUCGGAUAUUAUUGUUUUAUAGUGGUGUUAUUAACAUAACGAAAAGUUGGACGCAAACUUGAAGUUCUUACUGAUAUUAUAAAUGCUAAAUUGAUUAUACAGCCCACGUCAAAAAAGAAAAAUUGAAAAAAAAAAACAGAAAUAAAGGAAAUUAUUGAAUGUGUUGUGUGAUUGUUUAGUCCUUUACUUGGCAUCGUGAUUUCGAUCACGCGGUUUUUUUUACUUAAUAUAUUAACCCUAAAUGUGUAACACUUGCCAUCUGUUCAAAUGAUCGGUCCAAUAGUCCAAUUUGCCAAUAAAAAAAUCACCACCAACUCUGAUAAAGACUGACAAACUGACCAUUCGGAAUCAAUUGCUUCAGCCAAGACUGAAAUUGCAUUUGUAGAUGAAAUAGUACUUUGGAAUUAGUAACUGUGCAGUGCUUUGGUCUUUCCUUGCUCUCUUUUUUUUGUUUAGUUUGAACAAAUGUGAUAUGUUACACAAGGGCUCUGGGCUGCCGUAGUGCUGGUGACGUUAGGGUACUUUGACUGGUUCCUCUUGGACAUGUGGACUCAUCAAUUUUAUCAUCAUCAGAUUGUCAAAGACGAUAUGAUACGAAAUUAAUGUAAGAAUGUAAGGUAAGGCCCUAUAGGAGAGAUAUUUUUUUAUACAGUUGAAAUUCUUUCAUCGCGAAUAGACUAUUCCUAGGCUGUUUUUUGUAGAAAAACAGGUAACCCUUUUUUUUAGUUUUUUUAAAUCCCAUUUAAUUCAUAUAAAUGGUAUACAACGUGACUUUAUUUGCUCGUCUUUUAAUAAGGAUUGUGUCUUUACUCGAUAUUUUCACCAAAAAAUCGUGACUCAAGAAUUCAACUACCCUUACAUAAUUCUUACUAAUAUUGCCAGUACUUUGUACUUGGAGAAAAAAAGAUAACGUUUCUUAUUUUUUAAGUUACAUGAAAUAAGCGCGUUGUUGUAUCAUUUUUAAUCUACAUCUAUGAUUGCAUAAUCUUUAUUGUUUUUAUACAUGCAGCUUGUAAUCAGAAUUAUUUUAUAAUUACAGCAACACUAAGGUAUCUCUGUAAAGACAUCGGGAGGUGUAAAAUAAAAUAAUUUAGUCAGUAAUAACUAUUUUUUACUAACGCUGUCGUGUUCCUUCCCGAUGACGUCAUGACGGUACAUUGAAACAGUCUAAUGUAGAACUUAUGCAUUAAAUGUGAAAUAUUCGUAACCGUUUAGAUGUAAUGGCCGUCGGUGCACCUAUAAUUUAUUACGUAUUAAUGUUUCUGUCGCACACAUGGUCCAUAAUCAUUAAUAGAAAUUUAAUGU